UCGGGUGUAACCUUAAUCCAGAAACCAGCUCAAUUCAAAUUACCAACAGCCGAUCAUGUACCAUGAGAGCUUAUGAUUUGACCGGACCCUCGCUUGCUUUCCAUAGCGUGUUUGCUUUUCCCCUUCAUGCCUAGUAUUGCGACGAUUGGGCGUACUUCGACAGACGGCGGCGGACCUUGGCCACCGCCCAAUCCACCGGAUGCUAAUGAAGAGGAACGUUUGGCGCGCCUGGAGAGGGAGAGAGAGGCACAGAAGGUCAGUGAUGCAAUAGACCGUGCCAUCAGCGUCGAGAAAGAGCAGAGGAAGAAGCAGAAUGGAGUGAAGCUGCUUUUAUUAGGCCAGGCAGAAUCUGGAAAGUCUACCAUCUUGAAGAACUUUCAGCUGCGUUUCGCACCGAAAACUUUUCAGGCCGAGGCUGAACUAUGGCGACCUAUAAUCCAUCUAAACCUUGUCCGUUCUGUCAACUUCAUAUUAGACCUUCUAUCAUCUGAAAGACCGACAAGUUCAUCACCCUCCAUGUCCCCUUCCUCCGAACCCGAUAACCUGCGACGAAUACAGUUCAGUCUACGGCCACUGAAGCAAGUUGAGGACUCUUUGAUGCAUCGUAUAUCUGGUUCAUUAUUCCUCCCAGUCGUCAGCGGCGACGAACUGAAGGAAUUUCCCCGGUAUCACCCUGCCAAAGCGUCCGAAGUCUCUGUACGAUCUGGCUCGGGCUGGAUGGGGUUCAUGAAACUUCGGAAACCAGCUGAUUCCUCCUCCGGCCGGUCUGCACAGGAAAAGAUGGAGGACGAACAGAAUAGGCGGAUAUUGGAAGCCUGUGUGGAUGAUAUCCAGACUCUAUGGAGGGCGAGGGAGGUGCAAAAUCGCUUAGCGAAGAGAGAUAUAUCUUUGGUUCACCAGCCGGGUUUCUUCCUAGAAGACGUCGAAAGAAUAUCAAAACAGAGCUAUGUGCCUACGUCUCAAGAUAUACUACGCGCAAGGGUAAAGACGAUAGGGCCCGAGGAGCAUCGUAUACCAAUGGACACAGGUGUUUUUCCGCCAGGUCCAGAAGGGAAACAUUGGAUAAUAUACGAUGUUGGAGGCAGUCGGAGUCAACGAGCGAAGUGGGCACAGUUCUUUGAUGAUGUUACGGCGAUUAUUUUUCUAGCACCUAUAUCAGCCUUCAAUCAAGUCUUGGCUGAAGAUGCUACCGUAAACCGGCUGGCGGAUUCAUUCAAACUGUGGAAGAUGAUAUGCAGUAAUAAGCUGCUCGCCCCUGUUGACUUGAUCUUGUUCUUGAACAAGAUGGAUAUACUCGAAGCAAAUCUUGACUCUGGCGUACAGUUCAGCAAAUACGUGCCCAACUAUAAGGACAGGCCGAAUGAAGCUAAGCAUGUCUCCAAAUAUCUGCUGGAUGUUUUUACGGCAAUGCAUAACCAGUCAACCCCAAAGAAAAGGAAGGUUCAUGCGCAUCUGACAUGUGCAAUAGAUACUGAAUCUACGUCUUUGGUCAUCACACAAGUCCAAGAAGUUAUACUCGUCAAGACAUUGGCGCAAACCAAUAUUUUGUAAAGAUUUAUACGGUUAUUUAUUCAUAUAUCUCGUGGUU